AUGUCCUCCAGAAUCACUCGCUCAGCUGCGAGACUUGCUGCAGACCCCCACUCGUCCUCUGGCUCCGGCCCCUCUCCCUCGAAUCCCGCCGCUGGUUCGGCUCCAACUCGAAAGCGCAAGUCCCAAGCCCGCCGCGAUCGGUCUCUAGACGCCCCCGAAGAAAUUAAUCCCUCAUCGCCCCCCCGGAAAACAAAAAAACAGCGACUCACCCCUUCGUCGCAACCUGCGGCUGCACCUGCUCCGACUCGCCGUGGUACUCGAAAUCGUCCCUCAAUGUCACAACCAGGUUCAUCGUCAAACGCCCCCGAGGAGCCCUCAACUACGCAGACUUCACCUCCACCGUCAAGGCGAAAGUCCAGCAGGCAUGGAGGAAAGAUCUCACAAGAUCACCUCCCAGCCACUCAAUCCCCUCCACCUCGCCGACAGAAGAAGCGUGCGUCGAAGAUGAACCCCGAUGUGAUCAUGAAGGAGGCAGAGGAAGAGAUGGAGAGCCAUGAUCCUACCGCAGACAGGGAGACAUCUCCAUCAGACGAUAGCAACGAUGGCACAACGCCCUCUGGGAUGGAUGACGAUGACGCAGAUCUGUUCCAUAAUAGCUUAUUUGGCUCCCGAAGUCCGCUGGGGCUCCAGAGCACCCUUCGCGCACUCAGUGGUAUGAUGUCGGGCAUGUCCUCGCGCCUGCGAGAGAUCUUAAGCCACCUGAGAAUGAAAGACGACCCCUCUAUCCAGUUGAUCGCGUUGCAGGAGCUAUCGGACCUCCUACUUGUAUCCAAUGAGGAUAAUCUUUCCGGCCAAUUUUCACCGGAUCCGUACGUGAAGGAAUUGGUCUCUUUGAUGCAACCCAACGAAUUUGGUGAAGAAAAUCCGGAAAUAAUGCUGCUCGCCUGUCGCUGUCUGGCGAACCUGAUGGAAGCUUUGCGGGGGUCGGUUGCCAACGUCGUUUACGGCGGAGCAGUUCCCAUUUUAUGCCAAAAACUAUUGGAUAUCCAGUUCAUCGAUCUGGCCGAGCAAGCUUUGAGUACUCUGGCGAAGGUCUCUGUUGACUUUCCCGCUUCUAUUGUCCGCGAGGGCGGUUUAACAGCCUGUCUGACCUACCUGGACUUUUUCCCGACAAGCACCCAACGUACCGCAGUGACAACUGCUGCCAACUGCUGCCGUAACCUUCCCCACGAUGCAUUUCCCGUUGUCCGUGAUGUCAUGCCCACCCUGCUCAAUGUCCUUGCCAGUAAUGACCCUAAGGUGGUCGAGCAAGGAUGCCUCUGUGUGUCGCGGAUUGUGGAGAGCUUCAAGUACAAACCAGAAAAGUUGGAGGAGCUGAUCGAGCCCGCAAUGUUGAAGGCUGUGCUCCGUCUGCUCUUACCCGGCACAACGAAUCUCAUCGGACCCCAUAUUCAUACCCAAUUUCUCCGUGUACUUGCCAUUGUUUCCAAAGCAAGCCCUCGUCUGUCCGUUGAAUUACUUCGGAUGCACGUGGUCGAUACCCUUUAUCAGAUCUUGACGGGGGUGUCGCCACCUGAAAAUCUUGAAACCACCGGCGUCAAGAUGGACAGUGUAUUGGUCAUGCAGGCCCUCAUUCAUCGCCCCAGGGAACAGGUCUUUGAGACUCUGAAUGUCAUUUGUGAACUGCUUCCUGAAGUACCAGACCGUCAUGGCUCAUCGGUAGAUCGCAUGCUAGCUUCGUCCGCUGCUGAUAACUCUGCCCUCGAGUCCAAGUCCACGCAGGGACAGCAGUCCGCCGAAAAGAGACGCUCUUUGUUGAUGGAGUGCACGGUCGAGCUCAAGCGAUUCGCCAUGAUAUUGUUGCCCACACUUACAGAUGCUUACUCCAGCACAGUCAACCUCGGGGUUCGGCAAAAGGUGCUCCUUGCCCAGCUCAAAAUGCUGCAUAACCUUGAUGCCGCUUUAAUAGAGGAGGCAUUGCGUUCCGUUCCAUAUGCAUCAUUUUUAGCGGCCAUCCUUUCGCAGAAAGACCAUCCAUCCCUGGUCUCUUUAGCUUUGCGGUGCGCCGAACUUCUCUUCAAGCGUCUUGAGCAUGUUUAUCAGUAUCAAUUUCAUCGUGAAGGUGUCGUCUCCGAGAUUGUCAGAUUGGCCGAAACGCCCCUCGCGACCGACAAGCAGUUGAAGUCCUCGCAUGAUUCACCAGACCUCGUUCCCAUGGAUAUUUCGAGUGAUUCACCCCGAAAGCCAAAAUCAAUCACCUCGGAAGAUGAGGCGCACGAUUUUGAUCGCCAAGCCGAUGAGGACGAUGAUGAUGAGCAGGAUGAUGAAAACGAAGACAUCUCUGACUCCGAAAGCUCCUCCUCAUUCUCCAGUCCGUAUAACACGACACGGAUGGAAGACGCUUCCAAGGACCUUGCUAUACGUGAUGCGCGCGCAUUCGUCGAGCUGUAUGAAGCGAGCGAAGCAAAGGCCAUGCGAGAUAAAGCGCUGCAGAUCUUGACAGAGUUGCAGCAUCUUGCCGCAGAUAUAGAGGCUUGUUAUCUUGGCGACGGAGAUGGAGAUGGUCUUCCACUUUUCACGAAAUUGGCUUACUACUUUGACGGCGAUGCGCUUGAAAGCAUCACCAGCUCUGAGUUGCUCAAUUCUGGGGUCAUCAAUGUGCUUUUGGAUGUAUUCGGUGACCUUAAAUCACCCUCCAUGCGUGAGGCUCGCGCUGCGUUCCUGCAAGCCUUUAUGGGUUCUACAAUCUCAGCAAAGGCUCAAAGUCAGAGUACUGCCACAACACCGUUUAGUGUACUCAUCCAGAAGUUGCAGGAUCUGCUUAGUCGGACUGAGCAUUUUGAAGUGAUCACUGUCAGUCACAACUCACUGGAGAACACACGUAGCAACGCGACCCACAUGCUGGGCAAGCAACUCAGACUCAAACUGGUAGCCGAUGAGGAUUCGGAUAUUCCUCGUCCCUACAGAAACAUUAUGGUCUCCAUUCAUGCCAUUGCGACUUUCAAGUCCUUGGACGACUUUCUACAUCCUCGAAUCAGUCUCUCGGAUCGGCCCAAGCCGUCUCGCAGCCGAGAUACGAUCCUCUCCCAGAUCGCUAGCGCCGCACGCCUGCGGGAUCAACUCACUGGUGGCGGCGAAUUCCACGGCAGUGACCUUCUGAACCCAUCUAGAGCGUCAGGAAGCACUCAUCAGGAGUCUGGGCAUGAAGGGUCAAGAGCCCCGGACAAAAGCUCGUCGGCUGAACGCCCCGAUCCUGCUUCGCGGGCCAAACCAUCCGGUGGGCAGCUGCCUGCUCCCGAAGGCCACAACGAAGAGCACGACGACGAACCUUUGGAGUGUGCUGAUGAAAGGCAUUUGAGCGAGGAUGACGAGGAUGAGGACGAUGAUGAUGAUGAAGAGGCCGGUGAAGAGUUGAAUGCCAUCGUCGAUGAUCUAGAAGACGAUCUGUCCGAAGAUCAUCAUCACGACCCAACAGCCGUCAACAUGGAGGUGGCUUCUACAGGCAAGAUAACGGCAAGAAAGGAGGAUGGGACUCGUGUGGCAACGCCGUCCCAGUCGACGCCCGCAUCUAAAUCGUCUGCCUCCAUUCCAACUAUGGCCGCUAAUCCUACAGGGAGCAGCAACUCGUUGGCCACAGCUGGUCGUCCGUUUGCUUCAUACGCGGCCGCCAUGACAGCCAUCCCUCAAGACUGGCAUAUCGAAUUUAGCGUAGACGAUAAGCCAGUUUCCAGUGACACCACGAUAUAUCGUGCCGUUCACCACAAUCGAGAGCAUGUGGAUGCGAGUGCAAGGAAUGUGUGGUCUGCUGUACACACAGUGAAGUUUAAGCGGGUCGGAGGCCCACCACCUCCAGAGCCUUCUACUCUCACUGCCAACAGUGUAGAAGCCUCAUCGGGUGAUGGUACUGAAAUGCCAUCCUCCCUGAGCAAGGACCCCACCACUGCCCCGAUCCUGCGACUGCUUCGUUCUCUGCACGAGAUGAAUGCCACUUUAGACGAUAUACUCGCAGAGACUAAAGAACUCGUCGCCCUCAAGCCUGAGCCGCUGGCACAGUUCAUCAAUACCAAGCUCACCGCGAAGCUCAACCGACAGUUAGAAGAACCACUUAUUGUGGCAAGUAGCUGUCUGCCCAGCUGGAGUGAAGAUCUGGCCCGGCUCUUCCCCUUCCUAUUUCCCUUCGAGACUCGCCACCUGUUCCUUCAGUCGACAGCAUUUGGCUACUCCCGAGCGAUGAUGAGAUGGCAGAAUUCUCAGAAUGCAGAAGAUACUCGUCACGAUCACCGACGCGACGAUCGGCCAUUCUUGGGACGUCUCCAACGGCAGAAGGUUCGGAUCUCAAGGAGUCGUAUUCUCGAAUCUGCGAUGAAGGUGAUGGAACUCUAUGGCUCCUCUCCCAGCGUGCUCGAAGUGGAAUACUUCGAGGAAGUUGGCACAGGAUUGGGUCCCACUCUUGAGUUCUACUCGACAGUCUCGAAGGAGUUUUCAAAGAAGAAACUUAAGAUCUGGAGAGAGAAUGAUUGCAACAAUGACGAAGAAUUUGCAUUCGGCAGGCGUGGCCUAUUCCCUGCUCCCAUGAGCGAAGAGCAAGCUGCCUCCGAGUCUGGAAAGAGGCAACUGAGUCUGUUUAAAACCCUUGGCAAAUUCGUUGCUCGGUCGAUGCUCGAUUCUAGGAUCAUCGAUAUAUCCUUCAACCCAGCAUUCUUCCGGAUCGCCGAUAGCGGCUCAUCAGUGGCGCCAUCUCUUGGAACUGUCAAAGCUGUUGAUCGGGACCUCGCGAACUCCCUUUUGCUCCUCAAGCGAUUUGCCAGUGUCAAGAAGACAAUUGAGGGUGACAAGUCACUCUCAAAGGCACAGAAAUCGCAGGCCCUCCAAAAUGUCGAAGUCGACGGCGUUAAGGUGGAGGAUUUGAGCCUUGACUUCACUCUGCCCGGUUACCCUUCGAUUGAACUGAUCGACAACGGCUCGAACAUCCCAGUGACGACUGACAAUGUUGAUCAGUAUGUCGAUCGAGUCGUUGACAUGACCCUGGGUCGCGGUGUACAACACCAAGUGGAUGCGUUCCGCGCUGGGUUUUCGCAAGUCUUCCCAUACUCUGCGCUCCGGACAUUCACACCGAGCGAGCUCGUUAUGUUGUUUGGAAGAGCGGAAGAAGAUUGGACAAUCGAGACUCUCAUGGACUCGAUAAAGGCCGAUCAUGGGUUCAACAUGGAUAGCAAGAGCGUGCGGAAUCUGCUGCAGACGAUGAGUGAAUUGGAUACGCAGCAACGGCGCGACUUCCUCCAAUUUGUUACCGGUAGCCCGAAACUUCCCAUUGGAGGUUUCAAGAGCCUUACCCCUAUCUUCACCGUUGUUUGUCGACCCAGUGAACCUCCUUACACGCCUGACGACUAUCUACCUAGCGUCAUGACGUGUGUCAAUUAUCUGAAGCUCCCUGAUUACAGCUGUCUGGACGUUCUCCGGGAGAGAUUGUCUGUUGCCAUCAAGGAAGGUCAAGGAGCUUUCCACUUGUCAUGA